UUACGAUUUAUUCUCUCCAUCCACUCACAUACAACAAACACAUCCUCCUCUUUCGAAUACAAUUAUUCGUCCAUUUUGUUUUCCUGUUUCUCUUUCUCGUGAAGAAGAAACAUGCUACAUAGACCCAGGCCCAUCCCAGCGUCGAUGAGAUUGUCUAAAAUUCCCAUGUCAUCUACACAGAAUUCAUCGAAAUCGAUAAAAUCAGAAGGUGCAACACUCAGACGUCUUCUGAACUCACCGACUACUUGUCUUCUUCGUCAAGUUGUUGAUAAUGACGAAACGGUGAUUGUUGAGACUACAGAUCCAGGAGAAGACGAUUGUCGAAGAGGAAAAGAAGAGGAGAGAGGAAAGCAAAUGUCAAUGACAAUCGAAGAAGAAGGUUAUGAGGAGUGCACCAAUGAAGAAGGUGAAAUGACAACAAUUCAACCCUCUCCUUCUAUAUCUUCUACAAAUUCCACAUCACUUCUAGUCAAUAAUGUUGUCAAAUCUACGUUGAAUGAAAUUCCUGUCAGAUUCCUGACCACACAGUCAUCUUCUAAGCCUGUUAAUAUCCUACCAGCGAAUGAUGCUAUACAAAGCUUGUCAACAAG